AUGGGAUCCUCCCGAAAAUCUAAAUCUGCCAAUCAGAUUGACGGUGUGGGAGGUGCGUCGUCGACGACGUCCAAGGUGGCCGUGGUGGAACGAUCGAACCGUCCCGAUGUCGAUGUAGAGUAUACCUUUGUUCAAGUGGCCCCGGACCAGCCGCGCAUUGAUAUGACGGGGAACUGCGGCAACAUUGCUUCUGGCGUGGGACCCUUUGCUCUCGACGAGGGGAUUGUGAGGGCUGCUCCGAGACAGAGCGAGAUUGAUAUCCGGGUUUUCAACACGAACACUGGUCAGACUAUCGUGGAGACCGUCCAAGUAGCCGCUGACGGGACGUUUCGGGAGGAGGGCAACUAUAGUAUCGCCGGGGUCGAAGGCACAUCCAGCCCGGUCAGGGUCGCAUUCCUGACGCCCGGAGGCAGCAUGACGGGGCGCAUUUUUCCUAGCGGAGUACAGCAAGAGAUCCUGACUGUUCCUUCACGCACAAUCGGAACAAUUCAUGUACGAGUCAGCCUUGUUGAUGCCGCCAACCCAUUCGUGCUCGUCGAUGCAGCUUCCAUGCCCCUGGAAGAGCAUCCAUCGUGGCCUGAUCCGAAUGAUGCCAGGUUUCUCUCACUCGUGGAGGAUGUCCGCCGUGAAGGUGCUGUUCGUCUUGGCUUAGCAGCGAAUACACAGGCUGCAGGGCAAGUGCGUGGCACUCCUAAAAUUGCAAUAUUGUCUCGAGCAGCGGGGGAUGAUGAUAUGGAUGUGGAUCUCCAGGUUCUCUCAUUUACCAUGGGGAAACCCCAUCCGAGUCUCCAAUUGACCGGUGCUGUGUGUCUUGGGGCAGCGACAGUCAUCCACGGCACCAUUGCUUGGGAAUUGGCGCAUGCGAGAGAAAUCGACAGGCCGCCAAAGCACGGUAUGCUGGUAGGGAGUCACCAGAUUGCAGCGCCAGUGCCGGUGGGCAUUCGACAUCCAGCUGGGGUGAUUCAUGCAGAGACCUCUUUGAGAAUGGACAGAAAAGGUGGCGUUCAUGUUGAUCGAGUUGCGGUCUUUCGGACGGCACGGAGAUUGUUUGAGGGCAGUGUGCUGUAUCGCGUUGAGGAGACUGAGGCUUAUAUGUAA